UUUAUGAUCGUGUCGUAAGUUAAUGUGUACCCGCCUUGAUGUCCCUCCGUCUCUCUCCUUUGCAGUGAUGGACGUGGCGAGCGGCGAGCUGGGUGACCAGGCCGAGGCCAUGGAGCGGCUCAGCUCCGAGAAGGUCUGGCGGGCGGAGCGCGCCGUCGUCCGAGACCCCAGCCAGGAGACGACUGAGAAGGGGCUGCGGAAAGCGAUGGUUCUCAUCAGAAAGCCAUCGGAGUUCGACCGCUUCUGGGUUCUACUGCACAGGAGUAUGAUCCAGUUGUACAGAGAUUGGACUGUGACACACCUGAAACUUGCUCUUCAUUUCGUGGUCGGCAUCAUAUUCGGCCUCUACUUUACGGAUGCUGGUUGGGACGGCUCCAAAACCAUCAGCAACUUUGGUUUCUUCAUGGCGACCUGUGUGUACCUCGGCUACACUUCGAUGAUGCCCGCUGUUUUGCGAUUCCCGCAAGAGAUGAACACUCUCAGAAAGGAGCAGUACAACAACUGGUACAAGCUUCGCACAUAUUACAUCGCUUACAUUAUCGCCAACAUUCCUAUCCAGAUGCUGUUCUGCACCGUGUUCGUGUCGAUGGCGUACUUCAUCUCGGAGCAGGUGGCCGACUGGACGCGCUUCGUCAUGUUCCUGUCGAUAUGCCAGCUGCUCAGCAUCAUGUCGGAGAGCAUUGGCCUGUUCCUCGGUACUACCUGCAAUCCCAUCAACGGUACGUUCCUUGGCGCCAUCCUGAUCGCCAUCGCCAUGCUGUUCGCCGGCUUCCUGGUGUUCCUCGCGCACAUGCCCUCGUACCUGUCCUGGGCGGCGGACCUCAACUACAUGCGCUACGCGCUGGAGGGGCUCUCGCUCUCCAUCUACGGCUACGGGCGCGAGUCGCUCGAGUGCCCGCGCUCCGAGAUCUACUGCCACUUCCGCGUGCCCGGCACGCUGCUCACCGAGGUGGGCAUUGAGGACGGCCGCUACUGGAUCGAUGUCUCUGCCAUCUCGGCCAUGAUCGUGGUGCUGAGGUUCGUGAGCUUCGUGACGCUCAAGCGCAAGGUGGCCUGCGGCGAGCGUUCGUCGUGAGCCUCCUCGUGGAGCCGACCUGAGCCUGGCUCAUGCCCUCCUAAUGCCUCACGUGCGAGAUGCGAGAGCUCCGUCACGUCGGCGUGGUCGUUCCCUCCCGCCCCCUCGGGCGGGGCACGUACUGAUGUGAUACGUGACACCUUGGGCCGGACACGCUUCGACAGGUGUGACAAGCUACGGAGAUCUCAGUGAUAUUAAUGAAUUUUAGUUAGAAAACUUUCCAACUGCAGAGCCGAUAUUGCGUUCCGAUGUUUUUGUGAUAAUGUGAGAUGGUGUUGUGUGGAAAAUUCGUGAUAUGAUGUAGUGACAUAGGGUCCACUGCACCUGCCUUCCUGUGAAAUUACCUGAAAUUGAGUUGUUGACAUGACACCUUGUCAAGAUGCUAUUGGGAAAGUUAAGGGAGCAAUACUUAAUAUGAUUUAAUGUUCAACAAGCCAGUACCAAACUUGACCCUUCUCUAUUUUUACUAGUUAAAGUUUUGUAUAAGUCCCCUUGUAAGUGUACUUGUAAUAAUUUUAGAAAAAUUAUUUUUAAGUAUGUAGACUUUUUAAAUAUAUCUAGAAUUGUACUACAUGUGAUUUUGUGCAACUGCAGGCACUGGCGUAUUAAGGUUGAAUAAUUGAGUGGAACUAUCCACGUUGCUCUCUGUGAUAAAUCAAACAUUUUACUUCAUAGUGCACAGUAAGUGCAAACCAGUAGAUCUGGCUUUCAAUGUGGCAUACAUUAUCAGCAUAUGUUUCAUUUACCUGUGUAGGGUCUAUAAUUUAUCAGUUGUCUUAAUGACAAUGUCAAAUUUGGACAAUAUUCAAAAGUAAUUUUUGCUAAGGAUAUAGAAUUAGAUAGGAUUAUUCUUUGUUGCCUUCCUAAGGCAUUUAUGUGUUACUUCUUGUUUGUUUUUUUGUGUAUCUUGUGUGCUUUUUAUAAGCUCUCUGAAUUUUCCAACAAAUAUUGUAUGCUUCUCCAUGGCUGUGCUUGAGAUUUAUGUGUGAUCUUUCUGUGGUGAGUGUAUAUGCAUAUAUAUGUAUCUAUAUAAUGCACUACUGUGUGUUUGAUUUUCCUUCACCUAAAUUAUUUAAGCCUUGAGGAGGAAUCCCACUGUUGUCAAACCCAACUAUUGAGUGCUUGUGGUUUCAAUAAAUUUGAGACCGCUAAAUUUUACUGAGAACUAACUUCAUAUUUUAUCAAGAGUCACCCAAUUUUAUUUUUAUCUAGUCUUCAAAAACUGUGAAGUCUGUAACUAUGUGGUAACAACAAACUUCACAUGAUUUGUUUUGAUACGGUGCAAUGUAACAUCCAUAGUAACUUUUCUAGUCAUGAAAAGAAGAUUAUGAUAAAUGUUUAUAUUUUGCACUGCUAUCACAUUAAAAUUAGUGUUUAUUUAUGUGAAUAAUUAUUUAAAAUUCAAAGGUGAUAAUUGAAAGGUGUGAAGGAAGCGGUCAGACAGAGAAAACAGGGUUUAAACUAUGCACAGGGUGUUCCAUAAGACCACGCACGGUUUUGCUUAUGCUCUACGGCACUACUGCAUUCACGCGCGUGAAUGAGUUGCCUACUUGCUAGGCGCCGUCAGGCGCAUCGCUGAGCCACGGUAGGCAAAGCCCGCUCGCCCGCCCGCCUGCAUGACGUGCAGUAUAAGCAAAUUAAAGUACGGGGUCUACAGGACACCCUUUAUACAAUUAUGUGAUUGGUUUGAAUUUGUGAAAACAAAAAACUAAGGAUAUCUAGGUUUGUCGGGUAAACAACUUGGAUCUCAUAUCAAGUGAGAACUGCCAUUGGCCAUUUUAGUCCUCACAGGUUGUGAUACAUAAGGUGUAUGUAUGAAAGAGUGCAGAGCUUGGAGAAGCCAUCUUUCUGAAAACAAGAUGGUCCUGUAGUACAAAUGAAGCAAUUUAUUCCUGUCCAUUGAUAUCUUCAUUGAUAAUACAUGACUGCUAUUCUGUAGAAAUUUUUGAAUGCAGAUGUUUUAUAUAAUUUCUUUGUGUAAAUUAUGCUGGUAUCUCUUAUUUUGUUUAUUCACCAACAAUGUGCAAUGUAAAUAUAUUAUUAAGUAAAGAAUGUCAAUUCCUUGCGAAUUUACAGUAUUUAAUAAACACAUAAAGGGAGAAAUAGUAAUUUAACAUGUGCUCAUCAUUACCUAUGUCUCAUUAAAUUAAACACUGUAA